CUGCGCAAGCGUGUGUGUGUGUGUGUGUGUGUGUGUGUGUGUGUGUGUGUCUCCCUCAUCAAGCUCCGGGGGUGUUGAGGGGGAAUCCCGGGGAAGUGAGAUUGUGUGUGUGAGCAUCUGCAUGUGUGUUUCUGCCUGUGCUUGAGAGUGGGGGAACUAACGGGGGAGGGGGUCUGGAGGUGGCCAAGCAAGGAAUGGACAAGCAGUUCCCCUGACAGGCAGCCUCACGCUCCUUAUAAAACAUACACACGAGCCAUUGGCUUCAGAGGUGACCCAGACAGACAGACAGAGACAAGGGAGGGGGUGCUGUGAGCACAAAGGGGGUGCCAAUAAGCUAGGGAGAAGUAAUGGGACAUGCCAGCCAGGGGAGGAGCCCGGACUGAAGCCGGCAGAGGGGGGCACCCCAGGUGGGUGGAGGGGGAUCCCCAUGGGGUCAGGCCGCAAGAGGACACCCCGACAGCCUCCGCAAUGUCCGGGGCCCAACUUCCAGCGCAACAUGUGUAGCCUCAUCCUUGCCUAGUCUGGUGGCCGCAACCUUGGGGGACAGGGCAGGGCAGGAUCAAGAAGAGGAGGGACAGAGCCGGGACAGGCAAAAGGUCUCCGCCACUGCUGCCUGCACUGCUGCUGCUGCUGCUGCUGCUGCCUCCGCUGCCGCCCUGGGCCUGGCCCCCAACCAGCUCCCCAACACUCUACGGAAUCUUUGGGUCUCUGGACGCUGGUUCCGGUCCUGGCCCCCCAGCAAUUUCCUCCAAAGAACAGGGUCAUGAAAAGAGGCCGCCCGGCGGGGCCCGCAGGCGAUGCGCGGCGCCGGUGGCCCCCGCGGCCCUCGGGGCCCCGCUAAGAUGCUGCUGCUGCUGGCGCUGGCGUGCGCCAGCCCGUUCCCGGAGGAGGUGCCGGGGCCGGGCGCGGUCGGCGGGGGCACGGGCGGGGCGCGGCCACUCAACGUGGCGCUUGUCUUCUCCGGCCCGGCAUAUGCGGCCGAGGCGGCGCGCUUGGGCCCGGCCGUGGCAGCGGCAGUGCGCAGCCCCGGCCUGGACGUACGGCCCGUGGCGCUGGUGCUCAACGGCUCCGACCCUCGCAGCCUUGUGCUGCAGCUCUGCGACCUGCUGUCGGGGCUGCGCGUGCACGGCGUGGUGUUCGAGGACGACUCGCGCGCGCCCGCCGUCGCGCCCAUUCUCGACUUCCUGUCCGCGCAGACCUCGCUGCCCAUCGUGGCCGUGCACGGCGGCGCCGCGCUCGUGCUCACACCCAAGGAGAAGGGCUCCACCUUCCUGCAGCUUGGCUCCUCCACAGAGCAACAGCUGCAGGUCAUUUUUGAGGUGCUGGAGGAGUACGACUGGACAUCCUUUGUGGCAGUGACCACGCGUGCCCCAGGCCAUCGGGCCUUCUUGUCAUACAUCGAGGUGCUGACUGAUGGCAGCCUGGUGGGCUGGGAGCAUCGAGGAGCGCUGACACUGGACCCCGGGGCCGGUGAGGCUGUACUGGGCGCACAGCUCCGUAGUGUCAGUGCGCAGAUCCGCCUGCUCUUCUGCGCCCGCGAGGAGGCAGAGCCUGUUUUCCGGGCAGCGGAAGAGGCCGGCCUCACUGGGCCUGGCUACGUCUGGUUCAUGGUGGGACCCCAGCUGGCUGGAGGCGGGGGCUCCGGGGUCCCUGGGGAGCCCCUUCUUCUGCCAGGAGGUUCCCCACUGCCUGCGGGGCUGUUUGCAGUGCGCUCUGCUGGCUGGCGUGACGACUUGGCACGUCGAGUGGCUGCUGGUGUGGCGGUGGUGGCCAGAGGUGCCCAGGCCCUGCUGCGAGACUAUGGCUUCCUGCCUGAGCUGGGUCAUGACUGCCGCACCCAGAAUCGCACCCACCGCGGGGAGAGUCUGCACAGGUACUUCAUGAACAUCACCUGGGAUAACCGAGACUACUCCUUCAACGAGGAUGGCUUUCUGGUGAACCCUUCACUGGUGGUCAUCUCCCUCACCAGAGACAGGACAUGGGAAGUGGUGGGCAGCUGGGAACAGCAGACCCUCCGCCUCAAGUACCCUCUAUGGUCCCGCUAUGGCCGCUUCCUGCAGCCAGUGGAUGACACACAGCACCUCACUGUGGCCACGCUGGAGGAGAGACCCUUUGUCAUUGUAGAGCCUGCAGACCCCAUCAGCGGCACUUGCAUCAGAGACUCGGUCCCCUGCCGGAGCCAGCUCAACCGUACCCACAGCCCUCCGCCUGACGCUCCCCGCCCGGAGAAGAGAUGCUGCAAGGGUUUCUGCAUUGACAUUCUGAAGAGGCUGGCGCACACCAUCGGUUUCAGCUAUGACCUCUACCUGGUUACCAACGGCAAGCAUGGCAAGAAGAUCGAUGGCGUCUGGAAUGGCAUGAUUGGUGAGGUGUUCUAUCAGCGUGCGGACAUGGCCAUCGGCUCUCUCACCAUCAAUGAGGAGCGGUCAGAGAUCGUGGACUUCUCCGUCCCCUUUGUAGAGACAGGCAUCAGCGUCAUGGUGGCACGCAGCAAUGGCACUGUGUCCCCCUCUGCCUUCCUCGAGCCCUACAGCCCCGCUGUCUGGGUGAUGAUGUUCGUCAUGUGCCUCACCGUGGUCGCCGUCACAGUUUUCAUCUUUGAGUACCUCAGUCCUGUGGGCUAUAACCGAAGCCUGGCCACGGGCAAACGCCCUGGUGGCUCUACCUUCACCAUUGGGAAAUCCAUCUGGCUGCUGUGGGCCCUGGUCUUCAACAAUUCCGUGCCAGUGGAGAAUCCUCGGGGCACCACCAGCAAGAUCAUGGUGCUGGUGUGGGCCUUCUUCGCGGUCAUCUUUCUUGCCAGCUACACAGCCAAUCUGGCCGCCUUCAUGAUCCAGGAGGAGUACGUGGACACCGUGUCUGGGCUCAGCGACCGGAAGUUCCAGCGACCCCAGGAGCAAUACCCACCUCUGAAGUUUGGCACGGUGCCCAAUGGGUCCACGGAAAAGAACAUCCGGAGCAACUACCCUGACAUGCACAGCUACAUGGUGCGAUACAACCAGCCGAGAGUGGAGGAGGCGCUCACACAGCUCAAGGCAGGGAAACUGGACGCCUUCAUCUAUGACGCAGCAGUGCUCAACUACAUGGCCCGCAAGGAUGAGGGCUGCAAGCUGGUCACCAUCGGCUCCGGCAAGGUCUUCGCCACCACUGGUUAUGGCAUCGCCCUACACAAGGGCUCCCGCUGGAAGAGGCCCAUCGACCUGGCGCUGCUGCAGUUCCUGGGGGACGAUGAGAUUGAGAUGCUGGAGCGGCUGUGGCUUUCAGGGAUCUGCCACAAUGACAAAAUCGAAGUGAUGAGCAGCAAGCUGGAUAUCGACAACAUGGCAGGUGUCUUCUACAUGCUCCUUGUGGCCAUGGGCCUCUCCUUGCUGGUCUUCGCCUGGGAACAUCUGGUGUACUGGCGCCUGCGGCAUUGCCUGGGUCCCACCCACCGCAUGGAUUUCCUACUGGCCUUCUCCAGGGGUAUGUACAGCUGCUGCAGCGCCGAGGCUGCUCCACCGCCGGCCAAGCCUCCGCCACCGCCUCAGCCGCUGCCCAGCCCCGCAUAUCCCGCCGCUCGCCCGCCCCCUGGCCCCGCACCCUUCGUGCCCCGAGAGCGCGCAGCUGCCGACCGCUGGCGCCGAGCCAAGGGCACAGGGCCCCCGGGGGGCGCAGCGAUAGCCGACGGCUUCCACCGAUACUACGGCCCCAUCGAGCCACAGGGGCUAGGCCUCGGCGAGGCACGCGCGGCACCGAGAGGCGCAGCCGGACGCCCACUGUCCCCACCCACCACACAGCCCCCGCAGAAGCCACCACCUUCCUACUUCGCCAUCGUGCGCGAGCAGGAGCCGACCGAGCCCCCGGCCGGCGCCUUCCCCGGCUUCCCAUCUCCGCCCGCGCCGCCCGCUGCGGCCGCCGCUGCCGUCGGGCCGCCACUGUGUCGCCUGGCUUUCGAGGACGAAAGCCCGCCCGCACCCUCGCGCUGGCCGCGUUCAGAUCCCGAGAGCCAGCCUCUGUUGGGUGGGGGCGCGGGCGGCCCGAGCGCGGGAGCCCCGGCCGCACCACCGCCGCGCCGUGCCGCGCCACCACCGUGCGCCUACCUGGACCUCGAGCCUUCGCCUUCGGACUCCGAGGACUCGGAGAGCCUGGGUGGAGCAUCGCUCGGUGGCCUGGAGCCCUGGUGGUUCGCCGACUUCCCCUACCCGUAUGCCGAGCGCCUCGGGCCGCCGCCCGGCCGCUACUGGUCGGUCGACAAGCUCGGGGGCUGGCGCGCUGGUAGCUGGGACUACCUGCCCCCGCGCGGAGGCCCCGCGUGGCACUGCCGCCACUGCGCCAGCCUGGAGCUGCUACCGCCACCGCGCCACCUCAGCUGCUCGCACGACGGCUUAGACGGCGGCUGGUGGGCGCCUCCGCCUCCACCCUGGGCCGCGGGGCCACCUCCCCGGCGCCGGGCGCGCUGUGGUUGUCCGCGACCUCACCCACACCGCUCCCGGGCCUCGCACCGUGCGCCCGCCGCCGCGCCGCACCACCACCGACACAGGCGCGCGGCCGGUGGCUGGGACUUCCCGCCGCCCGCGCCCACCUCGCGUUCGCUCGAGGACCUGAGCUCCUGCCCGCGGGCGGCCCCCACGCGCAGGCUCACCGGGCCAUCCCGCCACGCGCGCCGCUGCCCGCACGCUGCGCACUGGGGGCCGCCCCUGCCCACCGCAUCGCACCGGAGACACCGGGGCGGGGACCUGGGCACACGCAGGGGCUCUGCGCAUUUCUCCAGCCUGGAGUCCGAGGUAUGACGCGGCUUCGGCCCCCACCCCCACCCCCGCCGCCCCCUCGGUCAGCGCAGGCCACGGCCCGAGGGGGCGCGCUAAGUGGACAGGACCCUCAUGGGUUGGGAAGGACAGAAACGGACCUGGCCGGACCCCGCCUGGAGCAGCGUCCUGCGCCCCCACCCCCUUCGCCUUGGGGGAACUAUGAGCCAGAGGGGACUUGGUCGCCCAAAUCUCACCCAUCCUGAGAGCAAGGGGGCGGGGUUCUUGGAGCCCACCGACUCUUUUUUUUUUUAACCCGAAAAGGGCUUUUUAACGUCACCUGAUUGGCGGGAGGUGUGGGGGAGUCACGCCGCGCCCCACCCCUACGCUCCGGGCCAUGGCCCUCACAUCACUGUGCAGCUCCCUAGCCCCAGACACACCUCUCGGGGAGCCUGUUUUUAACCUUUCAUUCAUCAGGACUCAAAACUGUGAGACGCGUAUGCCAAACUGUGACUCCAGACCUUGGCCCCGCCACACAGAAACCCCUGACCCCAGACUGUGACUUCCAACACCUAAAAUGAUCAUCUGACCCCAGACUGUGCCCCGACCAGACUGUGACCCUUCCUGUCAGACCUCGAUGACCCCUUCUUUUAGAUCCUUGUUGGCUCUGACCUAUGACUUCUCCUCCACGAAAGUCCUACCCUCACCUGUCUCCCCCACUUACCUACCACCCCAGAUGCCAUCAAUCACAUCUUCAAGUCCAGCCCUUAUUUGUGACCCUUCAGUGAUGAUCCAGCAGACACUCCACCUCCAGGUCUCCUUUCCCAGAUUUCAGCAGGGUCUGAGGCUGGGCUCAAAGGAGGGUCUGGGAGCCCACACUAGACCUUUCCUUCCCUCUCCCACUCCUACACUGCAGUGUUUGGAAUAAAACCAUGUUUUUAC